AUGAUCCUCACCUUUCUCGUCUUGCUGACGCCGUCGGUCGUGCUUGCCAUCAAGAAACCUCCGCACGUGGUCUUUAUUGUAGCGGACGAUGUGGGUUGGGCCGACACGAGCCUGAUGGGUGGGCACCAGGUCCCGACCCCCAACUUGGACGCCCUGGCAGCCCACGGCCUCCUGCUGACGCGGCAUUACUCGUUGCACACGUGUACCCCUUCCAGGGCGGCUAUUAUGACCGGCCUCUACCCCAUCAGGAUGGGUUUGCAGCACGAUGUGCUGAUUCCUGCUCAGGAGGGCGGCAUGAACCCGAAUAUUCCCACUUUGGCCGAACGACUCAGGAGCCUGGGUUGCAAGACGCACGGUCUCGGAAAAUGGCACCUUGGUUACUCCAGCGCCGAGCUUACUCCCACGCGGCGAGGCUUCGACACCUUCUACGGCUACUACAACACUGCCAAGUACUACUUCACCCAAGGACUGAACUUCUACGACAUAUGUGGCCGCGACUUCUGGGACAACGAAGAUCCGGUGAAGGAUGCGGACGGCGUGUACGACCUUGACCUCGUCACCGACAGAGCUGUCGACAUACUCGACAGACAUGACACGCGCAAGCCGCUGUUCCUGUACAUGGCCAGCCUGGCGGCGCACGGCCAGACGGACACUCUGACGGCUGACGCACCUGAGAGAAACCUGGCCAAGUUUCCGUACAUCGGCGACCACAACAGGACACGCCUCGCCGGUGAGUAG